UGUGAUUUGUGGUGAAGUUUGGAUAUUGUCUCACAGUAAAUUGAACCUUCGUUCAAGUCAAGUGUUACUUUAUAAAGUUAGUUUUUUAUAAACAAAAUGACAAAAGACCUAGUUAUCCUCGCUUACUCUGGUGGUUUGGAUACCAGUUGCAUUUUAAAAUGGCUCAUUGAAAAAAAUUAUGAUGUUAUCUGUUAUAUGGCAAACAUUGGUCAAAAUGAAGAUUUUGAAAAAGCAAAGCAAAAGGCGACGUCUAUUGGUGCGAAAGAUGUGAUAGUGGAAGACCUGCGCAAGGAGUUCGUGAGCAACUACAUGCUACCUGGAGUGCAGAUGGGGCUGGUGUACGAGGGCCGCUACUACCUGGGCACGUCGCUGGCGCGCCCCUGCAUCUCCGUCGGCAUCGUUAAUGCCGCCAAGAAAUAUGGCGCUAAAUACAUAUCACAUGGAGCUACGGGCAAAGGGAACGACCAAGUUAGAUUUGAGCUCAGUGUAUAUUCACUGUGGCCGGAAGGCAAGGUGAUAGCGCCGUGGCGAGAGCGCGAGUUCUUCACUCGGUUCCAGGGCCGCGCCGACCUCAUUGAAUACGCGAAGAAGGAAAAUAUCCCCGUUUCCGCCACGCCCAAGGAACCCUGGUCUACUGACGAGAACAUCAUGCAUAUAAGCUACGAAUCAGGUGUGCUAGAAGAUCCGGCCGCCAUUCCUCCGCCCGGAAUAUUCAAAAUAACACGAGAUCUGAAACAAGCUGAAGACUACCCUAGCAACAUCGAUAUCAUCUUUGAGAAAGGUCUGCCGGUGUCGCUGCGCAUCCCGAGCGGGCACGCCAAGUCGCUGGUCAUCAGCGAGCCGCUGGCGCUCGUGGAGGCGCUCAACAAGCUGGGCGGCCAGCACGCCGUCGGGCGGAUCGAUAUUGUCGAGAACAGGUUCCUUGGACUUAAGUCGAGGGGUUUAUACGAGACUCCAGCCGGCACAAUUCUUCAUUUGGCUCAUCUUGAUUUGGAAGCAUAUGCUCUCGACAGAGAAGUACUAAGACUUAAAAAAUAUCUUCAAGAUAGAAUGGCCGAUUUUGUGUACAACGGUUUUUGGUUCUCUCCUGAAGCCACCUACACGCGCAAGUGCCUGGAACUGUCGCAAGAAUCCGUCACGGGGACGGUCACAGUUCAAAUAUACAAAGGAAAUGUGGUGAUCUUAGCCCGCACGAGCACGUCCAGCCUGUACAACAAGGAGCUGGUGUCGAUGGACGUGGCCGGCGGCUUCUCUCCUGAAGACAGCACCGGAUUCAUCAACAUAAACGCACUUCGCCUCAAAGAAUACGCUCGUUUUAGUACACAGAGUGAUAAAUAAAUACUGUUUCUUAAUUAA